UUAUUGAAGACAGAUAACGCGUGAGAGACGCCAGAUCCCGUGCCACGUUGCAGAUGUUUCUUUUACGCUCAAACGUAAAAAAAAGAAAACUUUACAUCCUGUCCAUCUGAUCUUCUCCUGAAAGCGCUUCUCCACCACCUCCUCCUCCUCCACCUCCUCCAUCGUCACCGCCAGGCUGUUAUCCGCUCAGGACGUCAGUAAAGUGCGCUUCACAUUCCUGGAAUAUUUGUCGCGAGCUCGUGAAGGAAGCGCUCCGACCCCGGCGCUUGUCCAGAGCGUCCCGCGCUCGCCUGCUUCUCUAAUUUACCUCUCGACUUCUCGUUUCGAGCCCUGAGUGAGAGCCGCGCGCGCUAUUUAAAGAGACGCUGCGGUCAGAGGAACGCCGGGGACGCAGGAUGUUUACUCUGAGAGAACUGAUGUGAUCAUUCGCUUCCAGACCAACUUCAAACCUCAGCCCGCUUUUAUAGAAUGGAGGCUGUAGUGGAGUUUGACUACCAGGCCCAGCACGAUGACGAGUUGACCAUCGCCGUCGGUGACAUCAUCAGCAACAUCAGGAAGGAUGAGGGGGGCUGGUGGGAGGGCGAGGUGGACGGCCGGAGGGGCCUGUUUCCAGACAACUUCGUCAGGGAGAUUAAGAAGGAGGUGAAGAAGGAGCUCAGCUCGGCCUCCCACACGGCCAGAUCGGAUCUGUCGAACGGCAGCGCCAGUCCCGGGUCCGAAUCCAGCCUCAGAGCAGUAAAGAAAGGAGAGGCCAUACGGAAAAGACGUUGCAAAGCCGCCUUUAGCUACAUCCCACAGAAUGAAGACGAGCUGGAACUCAAGAUCGGAGACGUCAUUGAGAUCCUGGGAGAGGUGGAGGAGGGCUGGUGGGAGGGGUAUCUGAACGGUAAGACCGGGAUGUUCCCCUCCAACUUCACUAAAGAGCUGCUGGCCGAUGCGGAGGAUCUGGCAACCCCACCUGAGGACACACGCAGCACGCGCACCAGUGUGAAGGACAGUACAGGCUCGGAGAGUGACGGAGGAGACAGUAGCAGCGUGCGUUCAGACGCGGGCAGCGUCGCCUCCGGCAGCGGGAUUCAGCCCAAGAAGGUGCGCGGCUUCGGAUUUGGUGACAUCUUUAAAGAUCAGCCCAUUAAGCUCCGCCCACGAUCCAUGGACAUGGACAACGAACUGGAGAAGCUGAAGAAACCAGCGCCGUCUGUUCCUCAGGAAGCCAUGAAGACGGAACCUGAAAACAAGGCCAAAGUAACGAAGGAGUUUUGUAAAGUCUUGUUCCCGUACGACGCUCAGAACGAGGACGAGCUGACAAUCAAGGAGGGAGAGAUCGUCGCCAUCGUCAGUAGGGAGUGUGCCGACGCAGGCUGGUGGCUCGGGGAGGUGAACGGUAAACAGGGUGUGUUUCCUGACAACUUUGUGAAGCUUUUUGUCCCCGAGGUGGAGAAAGAGAGGCCUAAGAAACCUCCUCCUCCUGCAGCACCCAGUACCAAACACAUCGCAGACAAAAAGCCAGAGGUUAAAAAGGUUCCUCCCGAACGGCCCGAGUCCCUCCCACAGCGAGCCGAGGAGAAAGGUGAUGAAAUCAAGUUGGUCGAGGUCCAGAAGCCGGUGCUUCCUGUUUUUCCACCGAAGAAGCCUUUACCCCCGAAGAGCAACAACUCCAUGAACCGGCCCUCGUCCCUGCCCCCUAAACGGCCCGAGCGACCCGAGAGACCGGCCGCGCCCAGCGUACAGUCUGACAGUUCCGGUAUAGCCUUAGAUCGGAUGUCAUCAGACAAAACGUCUGAAGUCGAUGCAGACGACUUUGACUCCGUCGUCACCUCCACAGAGAAGCUGAGUCACCCCACUGCCUCCAGACCUCGAGUCACAGACCGUCGACCUCGCUCUCAGAUCUUCACAUCUUCCUCUGUCUCCGGCCCUGACCUCCUGGACUCGCUGUCUAUGGAGGACGAGCAGAAGGAGAAGGAGAAGGAGAAGGGGAAGGACGAGCCGGACUCAUUCCCUCCCAAACCUCUAGACAGCACCAAGAAGCUGACCAAGGCAUUGCCUGUCAUCACAGCUCCUGAGAGGUCCUUCAAGCCCUCGACUCUGGCCCCGACUCCUGGCCCCAUUGCACUCAGGCCUCACUCUCCCUCCAUGGAGGCCAAGAUGAAGAGCGAGCAGGGUUCCACCACGCUGGAGGAGCUCAGAGCUCAACUCAGAGAGCUGAAGACCACCGUGGAGCUAAUGAAGAGCCAGCACAAACAAGAGAUGAAGCAGCUUGUGAGUGAACUAGACGAGGAGAAAAGGAUGCGCUUAUCUCUGCAGAUGGAUGUCGAGAACAUCAGGAAGGCUCUGUCCAAAUGAAGGCACGAGGUUCGGAUGUGGUUGAUGUUGGAAGGCAGAAGCUCUGCAUGCCUGGCAGAUGGAUUUGUGCCAAAAGAGAAAAAGAACAAAAAAACAUCUGAGAACAACAGCAUAGAGAAAACAGACGAACGCUUCCCUCACUUCCAGAUUGAUCUUAUUUUUAUUAUUUGACUAUUUGUCAUGGUGUUGAGGGGGAACUCAUCUCCUCCUGGUACUGCGUUCCAUCGAGCGACUCAACACUUAAACGACAUGAAGGAGAACCCACUGUGUUUCCUUCAGUACGGUUCACUUUUACGUUCCUUUCUUUGCCUUUUCUCUUCGUGGCCUUUCUUUUUUAUUUUCCCCGUCGUUACCCGUUCGGCUCUCGCUCUCCCCUCACCCACGCUGAGGCCUUCUUCGUUUUAGUCACACUUCUUUCUGUCUUUCGUCAGCGUUAAGGAGAAAAUGCACAUUUUGUUUUCUUGAUGCUGUUUCUUCUUUUGAGAAAGUCUUAUAUAAACUUUUAUAUUUUAAUGUACGGAAAAUGCAUUUAUGUGUGCAGAUUUUAUUAAAAAAUAAUAUUCCAAAAAAAUAA